AGUUAAUUCAUCAAGUAACAAACCAGUAUUUCCUGACUUCUACUAGAGGUAGAGGCUUAUAACCGUAGUGGUGGCAGUCGCGUGCUGGCUUCAACACAUUUGACAUGUGAACGAUGCCUUCGUUUACAAUGUGGAAAUCGGACGACGAUCUGGAACUCGUAUUGUCAUCAAUUCAAGAUGAGCUUCGCAAGCAAGUAUCGGAGAUGCGAAGCAAGGUGGCCAACUUCAGGCCACGGCUGGCGAUUGUACAAGUUGGGGGACGGGAGGACUCCAACGUUUACAUCAGGAUGAAGCUGAAAGCCGCUGAGAAUAUCGGCAUCCUUGCUGAACACAUCAAACUGCCCAGAGACUGCACUGAGGUUGAGCUAUUAACCAAGUUGAAUGAGCUGAACGAAUCGCCCGAAGUGCACGGCAUCAUCGUGCAGAUGCCGCUCGACUCCAUCCAUCCUAUUGACAGCCAUCUUGUUACUGACGCUGUUUCACCGCACAAGGAUGUUGAUGGCUUAAACACGCAAAACGAAGGUCGCGUAGCCCUGGGCGAUCUAUCCGGAUUCGUUCCUUGUACUCCCGCUGGGUGCAUCGAGCUGAUCAAACGCACUGGGGUGUCCAUAGCGGGCAAGCGGGCGGUAGUGUUGGGCAGGAGCAGGAUUGUGGGCACACCUGUAGCUGAGCUACUCAAGUGGGAGAACGCUACGGUCACUGUGUGCCACUCGAAGACCGCCAAUUUGAGUGAGAUCACAAAAACCGCAGACAUCUUGGUCGUGGGUAUCGGCAAAGCUGAAUUAGUCCGCGGAUCAUGGAUCAAGCCCGGAGCAGUCGUUAUCGACUGUGGAAUCAACCCUAUCCCAGACUCAACAAAAAGCAGCGGCCAGCGUCUAGUGGGCGACGUAGCCCACGCCGAGGCUAUCCAAGUGGCGUCCCACGUGACGCCCGUGCCGGGCGGCGUGGGCCCCAUGACGGUGGCCAUGUUGAUGCGCAAUACUGUGGUGGCUGCACAGCGACAGCUCGACCGACUGGUAGCUCCCACGUGGGGCUUGCAAGCGUUGAGACUGAACCGCGUGGUACCACCUCCUAGUGACAUUGUGAUCGCACGCUCCCAAAAGCCAAAGGUCAUCAGCAAGUUGGCUGAAGAGCUCGGUCUAUUCCCGAGCGAGAUCUCUCAGUAUGGACACACAAAAGCCAAGAUUUCCCUGUCUGUACUCGAUCGGCUUAAGGACCAGCGCGGUGGGAAAUAUAUCGUCGUUGCUGGGAUUACCCCCACCCCUCUAGGAGAGGGUAAGAGUACCACGUUACUGGGUUUGGUACAAGCUCUAACAGCGCACCGUGGCCGCAAUUCCUUCGCGUGUAUGCGUCAGCCGAGCCAAGGGCCUACGUUUGGGGUUAAGGGCGGUGCUGCUGGAGGUGGUUACUCGCAGGUUAUUCCUAUGGAAGAUUUCAACCUACACUUAACUGGUGACAUCCACGCGGUAUCCGCAGCUAACAACCUGCUAGCCGCUCAAAUGGAUGCCAGAAUAUUCCACGAACUGACACAAAAAGAUGGCCCCUUAUACGAUCGUCUAGUACCAAAGAUUAAAGGCGUGAGGAAAUUCUCCCCAAUACAAUUGAGGAGACUGAAGAAACUCGGCAUUGAAAAGACUGACCCUGACGCUUUGACUCCCGAAGAAAGGACCAAGUUUGCAAGACUUGAUAUUGACACUUCGAAGAUUAUGUGGAACAGAGUUGUGGACCUCAACGACAGAUACCUCCGUAAAGUAACCAUUGGUCAGUCGCCAACCGAGAAGGGAUUCACUCGCGAGACCAGUUUCGAUAUUUCCGUAGCGUCAGAGAUCAUGGCGGUGUUAGCUAUUGGUAAAGAUAUAGAAGAUAUCAAGGACAGGCUCUCGAGUAUGGUGGUGGCUCUGGACAAACGUGGAAACCCUGUGACUGCUGAUGAUCUUGGUGUAACCGGCGCUCUAAUGGUCCUGCUGAAGGACGCGUUCGAACCAACACUGAUGCAGUCGCUAGAGGGCACGCCUGUGCUCGUGCACACGGGGCCCUUCGCGAACAUCGCGCACGGCUGCUCCUCCAUCAUCGCUGACAAGAUCGCCAUGAAACUGGUCAAGGAGAACGGUUAUGUGGCUACCGAGGCUGGAUUCGGGUCGGAUAUUGGCAUGGAGAAGUUCUUCGACAUAAAGUGCCGCGCGUACGACUGCGCGCCGCACUGCGCGGUGGUGGUGUGCACGGUGCGCGCGCUCAAGAUGCACGGCGGCGGGCCCACCGUCAGCGCCGGCCUGCCGCUGCACGCGGUGUACGUCGAGGAAAACCUAGAUCUCUUGAGCAAGGGCUUGUGUAACUUGGGCAAGCACAUUAGCAACGGUAACAAAUUCGGCGUACCAGUUGUAGUUGCGAUUAACAGACACGGCAACGACACACAAGCCGAGCUGAACCUGGUCAAAGAGUUUGCGACCAAAAACGGCGCUUUCCGCGCAGUGAUCUGCGACCACUGGGCCCAAGGUGGUGCUGGGGCCCUGGACCUGGCUGAUGCGGUCAUCGCAGCCUGUGAUACACCUUCCACCUUCAACUACCUCUACCCCCUGGGCAUGUCCAUCCAGGACAAGAUACAGAAGAUCGCCUUUGAAAUGUACGGCGCCGGCAAGAUAGAUUAUACUGAUGAUGUACUGGAGAAGAUCAAGCGUUUUACUGAGAAGGGUUACGACAAGUUCCCAAUCUGCAUGUGCAAGACAUCUAACUCGUUGACCGGCGACCCAACCGUGAAGGGCGCUCCAACAGGCUUCACACUCCGCAUCUCUGACAUAUUCGUAUCUGUUGGUGCGGGCUUCGUGGUGCCCAUGGUUGGGGAGAUCAGCAAGAUGCCCGGAUUACCCACCCGUCCCAGCAUCUAUGAUAUUGACCUUAAUACUGUUACGGGCGAGAUCGAGGGACUGUUUUAAGUGAUUUUUUUGUUUGAAUAAACGGUUUUAUUGCGA